CAACAGACGACGAUGCAAACAUCGGUAAUGUACGUGAAUUAUGAUGCGAUUGAUGUAGAUGUAAUGUCUUUUACAUUUCAAAUACGCUGUGAUUUAGCCCUUACAAUUAAGUGCUGCUGCUGAAAAUUGGUGUGAGUUUCUUUUAAUCAUGAAAGGAAGCAAAAUAGUUAUGUAGAGGGUCUUCAGUGGUUAAAAAUAUUAUGUAAACAAGAUGGAUUGUGUUUUACCGAGAACUAUUUUGAAGAAGUAUCGUUUAACAGCUUCUCAAAAUAAUUAUAAUAUUAUUACCUUCCUGAUGAUUCACGCUUUUGUAACUUCAGUAGUAUUUGUGUAGUGGUCAUUACUCAGAAAUUUUCAUCAUGGCAUCCGUAGCGUAUUUCUGUAGUUUUGUACUGCUGUAUCUUUUAGAAAUGGCAGGUGCCAAAGAAUGUCGCUAUAUUUAUGAAAAUGGAGACUUGAAAUAUUUUCACUGUAAUAUUUAUGAAUAUUGCUGUGGUACCAUGUGUUGCCGAUCACCGGCAAUAACUUUCUACCAAAUGUGGUAUUUCUGGUUGAUGGUAUUUCUCACAGUUCUCUUCUGUUCUGGUGGUGGAUGGUGGUACAGAUUAAGAAAUCAAGGACCUUUCAUGUCUCCUGCAUUGGCUUCAUACCAUUCUCAGCCUAUGGCAAAUGCAAAUUAUGGUCCUGCUAGAAGUCAAGUGUAUCCACAAGCAAUGCCUGCCACAGUUGCUUCACAAUCUGCUCAGCAGCCACCACCUCCUCCUCCAUACUAUGGACCACCACCAAGUUAUGAUACUGUAGUUAAUCAAGCCAGACAAGGCUGAAGUUAUAAAAUAAUUUAUGUUCCUUUGUGUAUAUCUGCUGUUCCCUCAACUUUUAUCACUGUUUUAAAGUUUAUUCAGCAUUUACUGUUUAAAAUAAAGUUUAUGCAACUUUAAUUACUGCUAAUUUU